AUGAAAUUCAAACUCCCAUCAAGAACUACCAAGAACCUACGAAUAGCCCUCGUCACCCUGUCCUCGAGCAACUCACUCAUCAUCGUCGCAUCGAUCGGCUUCAAAAACUCGAGCAGAUCCACACAGCCAGAUCUCCUCCUCAUACCCCAAAUCAACGUCUGCAUCAUCACCAUCUUCUACGCCUACUUCAAACUACAACUCCUCCCUUUCAUCUAUGGACAACUCCUUGCUUCGUCCGUCCUUGCUGGCAUCUUCCUCUUCUUUGCCGGCAAGGUCAUUCCCCUCCUCCAAGACUACUCCAACCUGUUCUGGGUCGUCCAGGGCUUCAAUGUCCUCCUGGCCAUCCUGUUACUCUCAGAGGCGAUCUGCACGUUCUUUGUCGGUAAAUCCGAGCAAGAACUCCAGGCUGAAACGUUAGCUGCCAACAGGAGGGCACGUGCUACUCAAGACGAGGCACCUGGUGACAAUAUCACCACCCCAGCAGCAGUCCACCUCUACCAGCCCCGUCUCGACUUCUCCCCUCCGACAGAAGAUGGUGUUCCCCCUCACAAUCGAACCUCAGUCAUCUCGAGCUCUACUGCUGAUAGAGAGGCAGCAGUGCGGCUGAACAUUCCGGAUGAUUACGAGCUCGACGAGUUGCCCAAGUACCAACGGAAACCCCCAGCGCAAUCGGCCACGAUUAUUGACUUGUCCAACCUUGCGAGUGUCAACCCUGAAGUCCUGAACAAUGUCGUGAGACCGCUGUCAUCAUCGUCGAUGUCGACGCUGUCGGAGGUAGAACCGCCGGGGACACAACAACCACCGUCUGCGUUAAUCGAGCAGGGAGGACAACAAUCAUCACGGGAUGAAGAUGUUCCUUCCUCUGACGUUCCCGAAUAUUCACCGCCCCAGCUUUCUCUUUCCAUCUCCUCCUCUUCGCCUGCUCCUCCUUCCGCUCCGUCUUCUGGCCCUACUUCUUUAUCGCCUCCAUCGACAUCUGCUACUAGUCCAUCAAGCCACGCAGCACCAGCACCAGAGCCUCCUCUCUAUGUACCAUGA